AUGAAAUUUAAACGCCGUCGAACUUUAGUUGAACGCGGAAUCUUAACCUUUAUCCACGAUAUUCAAUUAGCCGCCAUGGCGGGGUCGCUCGCGUUUUUCAAAAAUUACGAGAUUUUAAACACAUUCUACGGCUCUCUGCAAUUACUCUUGAUAUUGCAGGUGACUUACAUUUUUGUAUUUCUACGACGGGUGAACAAAAUGGUGGACAUCGUCACCAACAGGGUGUUCGACACCUACAACAGAUUCUCCCCGUCGAACAACCACGAAACCGAGUCGUUGGCGACGCUGACCACCCUGAAGAGGUUCUCCAAGGACCAGAAGUUCAGUAAAGGGUUGAUGAGAGAGGCCGAUGUUACGGUCCGAGAAAACCAGCUCUAUCACAUCAAGGAAAACGCGCCGGAAGUUCAAUUUCCGAAACUUCGACCAUUCAUGGGACUCAGUUGUCAAAAUUGCACGCUCACCAGCAGAGAUUCGUUGGUGAGCAAGACGACGGAAACGCUAGCGCUGAAGAACAUCCUCGACCAUCGUCCGCCCGGCGAUACGAACGGUUUCCUCCAACGGACGUUGGGCCAUUUGCGCCAGGUGUACCGAUUGAAAAAGUUCGAUUUCCCCCAAGUGGCCGAUCUGGUGCUGAAAGACGCCCGUCUGAGGGACGCCGUCGAAAAGACGACGUUACAACAAUACCGGGAUUCGAACAACGACGGCGACGAGGAAUUUUAUCUGCGGCUAUUAGAGAACAAUCGGCGGCGCGCGAAGAAAUUGUUGUUCGAUAUGAGAUCGACUCUAUCGGAUUUUUUGUUGAGAUUGACUUCUUGGGUGCUUUACAAACUUCUUCCGAGUUUUCUGACAUCGGUUGUGGUGCAUCCGGGGCAAGUGGACAUGUUGAAGAGAGCCGGAAAAUCCAAUUUGCCGUUGAUAUUCCUACCGUUGCACCGAUCCCAUCUCGACUACAUAUUGAUAUCGUUUAUUUUGUUGAACAACGACAUUCGCUCGCCUCUCGUUGCCGCCGGUGAUAACCUGAGAAUACCGUUCUUCGGUUCUCUGCUCCGCGGUUUGGGUGCGUUUUUCAUCAAACGUCGAAUGGAUCCCGUGAUGGGUCGCAAAGAUCACGUUUACAAGGCCGUCUUACACACGUACAUGAACAUGUGCCUGAAAGCCGGCCACAAUAUCGAAUUUUUCUUGGAAGGCGGACGCACCAGGACCGGCAAGCCUUGCAUGCCGAAAUACGGAAUACUCAGCAUCAUUUUAGACGCUUUCAUCGACGGUACCAUUGAGGACGCUUUGUUGGUGCCGGUCAGCGUUAAUUACGACAAAUUGGUGGACGGGAACUUUAUCAGAGAGCAAUUGGGCCAGCCGAAGGAAAUGGAAACGUUUGGCAACGCCGUACGGGGCAUAUGGAAGGUGGUAAACAGCAACUAUGGCAUGAUGAGGAUCGAUUUUAAUCAACCGUUUUCGUUGAGGGAGUUGGUGAAAACGUUCAACGUGAACGGGAAAAUCGUCAUUCCCAACGGCUUGUCCAAUAAAAAACCGUUGACAUCGAAUUUGUCUACAUCUAGUUUGUACGGUACAGACGUGGUUUCGGAGCAACACAAAACUCUCGUGGAAAGUAUAUCGAAACAUAUCAUUUAUGAUUGCGCACAAUCUACCUCUGUGAUGUCCACUAACGUGUUAGCCUAUUUGUUAUUAACGAAAUUUAGAGAGGGCGCGACCAUUGAAAAAUUGGUUGUAGCCGUUGACGAUUUACGACAGGAAUUGGAUUACGCAAGGAAGGAUAUGGGAUUCACCGGGGAUUCGAUUGACGUCAUCAAUUACGCUGUCGAAAUGCUAGGUCCCGGAUUGAUACGAAAAGAAAGGCACGACAACGAAGACGUGAUCAAACCGAUCGCGAUGCUACCGAACGUCAUCGAAUUAUCGUACUACAGCAACACGUUGGUGACGCACUUUGCUCUGGAAUCUGUGAUAGCAGUGUCGAUCGAAUCGAUAGACAAAUCGUCGGGUAACGUCGUACACCACGAACUGAUCGAAAACGUCCAAGAGCUCUGUGAUAUAUUGCAAAACGAAUUCCUGUUUUGUAAACCGUGCCAAAGUUUGGAGCAAGUCGUGACGAGUCGCGUCGACGAUUUAGUUUAUAGGAAACGCAUAUUUUUAGUCGACGAUGAAGAGGAAACGGAAUUGAACGUGAGAAGUCGCCGAUUGGCGAGGCAAUUCGACGAUGACGACGACGAGACGGAGGACGAUCGAGCGCCGCAGAAAAUUUACAAAUUAAAUCCGAACAAAGAGGCGGUGGACGUGUUGAAGUAUUUGAAAACGGCCGUUGCGCCUUUGGUGGAAACGUACUCGAUAACGGCCUUUACGUUGGACAAAUUGGUGGGAAGGCAGCUGUUGGAAAACGAACUGAUCAAUGAUGUGUUGUCGGAGUUGCGGUCGCAAUUGUCUUCGGGAGCUGUUCAAUACGGUGAAAGCGUCUCUGUGGAUACCAUUAAGAACGCUCUAAAACUAUAUCAACAAUGGGGUGUGCUCGAGUGUCAUGCGGAAAAAAAGUUGAAAUUGUAUUAUCUUAAAGAAUCCCAUGAUGAUUCGGAUUCGGUUACAGCUCUGUAUCGCAGGAUACAGAAGUUUCGAUAA